AUGUCUGUUGUUCUCUCCACAACGAAGGGCAGUUUGCUCAUUCAUCUCCGCUGCACGGACUGCCCCAAGGCGUGUUUUAACUUCCUUGCGCUUUGUGCCUCAUCUUACUAUGACGGCUGCCAUUUCCACCGGUGUGUUGCGAAUGCCUUUGUCUUGACAGGCGAUCCCACCGGAACGGGGAAGGGCGGCGAGUCGGUUUUUGCGCCAGAGCAGCGGUAUUUUGACGAUGAAGGGCUUGGAACUGUUCAUCAUGACAGCCGCGGGGUUGUGUCCAUGGCCCACAAGGGCAACAAGCCAAACACAAAUGCGUCUCAGUUCUUCAUUAUGUUUCAAGCCGCCCCGGCUCUUGACACGAAACACACUGCGUUUGGAUGUGUGGACUUGGCUUGGAACGAUGGUGAGAGUGAGCGAACGCUCAAAAAGUUGGAGGGGCUGCCGGUAGAUGACAAGUACAACGUGCUUGACAAGGAGGCCAGGAUUCUUGGGGCAACCGUGUUGUACAAUCCCUUUGCAGAAGGUCACAUUAAACUAGACGUUUAG